AUGCUUCGAAACGGAGCCUCGCGCCUGGCGCUGAGGUCAAUUGCAGCUCCAACAGCGCGUCCAGCUGCCAGCUUCCACCGCACAUCUCCAAUACAACAAUGGACAACACAGUUCGGAUCCAUGGCCUCGAGGAGACCUCAACUACCACAGACGGCCCAACUGAAGCCAAUUCAGGCCGCCAUCGCGCGUCGAAACAUCACCGAGAAGCAGCGGCAAGCUGAGAGCAAAUACGCGCACGAGGAGAUCAAGCCAACGCCAGAGACCGUGUCGUCCACCUCAUCCACCCACCCCAUCUUCAGCGAGGUCGCAACGGAAACCCCGACAAAAGAAGUUGAUAUGAUGGCAGGAGUGAAGCAUGAUGUGGGUACUGUUAAAGAAACCUUCAAUCUUUCAGCUGUUCCCCGGGAAGCUUACUACAUGGGCCUUGCCGGCACGUUGCCCUACCUCGCAACCUCAGUAUCCACUGUUUACCUCGCCUGGGAAAUCAACCAUGCCAACUCUGGCUACGGCUUCCUCAUGAGUGAGACAACCGCCAUACAACUUCUACACCUCCUGGAACCCCUUCAAAUCGGCUACGGAGCUUCGAUCCUCUCUUUCCUCGGCGCAGUCCAUUGGGGCCUCGAAUGGGCUGGCUUUGGAGGUUAUCAGGGGUACAAACGCUACGCAAUUGGUGUCGUUGCGCCUGCAGUGGCCUGGUCAACACUCCUCAUGCCCCUCGAAGGCGCCCUCAUUACCCAGUUCUUGGGCUUCGUGGGGUUGUACUAUGUCGAUGUGAGGGCGACGUACAAGGGCUGGACACCAAACUGGUAUGCCGUCUAUCGCUUCAUCUUGACCUUUAUCGUCGGUGCUUCCAUUGUCGUCACUCUGAUUGGACGAGGCGAGCUUCCCGGCCACGUGCCUUCUGCAGUCACUCGCGCCGAGGUUUUCCAUGACAAGGGAGCUUCCGAGGAGAAGUUGUCCAAGGAUGAGGAAGCCCGAGCUGCCAAGAAGAAGGAAGCUGCUCGGAGUGAUGAUCGUGGUGAGGAUAAGUGA